AUAAUAACUGCAUAAAAUAGUGGGGUCCAAUUCUUUAAAUUCUAAUGAAAAUAGACCUUCUUUAAUCUUUCUCAAUUCUAUAGUGACUGUUUAGGAUAAGCACAAAUUUGGCUUUCUCAAUAGUGAGCAAAAAAAGUAAAAAAUGGAGGACCAAGAACAGGGUACCAGGUCAAGAGUUGUGAAGGUAGACUCUAAAGAAUCAUGGGAUUUUCAUGUAAAUCAAGCCACAGUUCAAGGAUGCCCUAUUGUGGCACACUUUGCGGCUGUUUGGUGUAUUCCCUCUGUGGCAAUGAACCCCUUUAUGGAGGAAUUCGCUUCUAUGUACCAAAAUAUCUCUUUUCUCACAAUUGAUGUUGAUGAGGUCAAGGAGGUGGCUAGCAAAUAUGAGGUGAAAGCCAUGCCAACAUUUCUGCUGCUGAAAGAUGGAGUGCCAGUUGACAAGCUAGUUGGUGCAAAUCCAGACGAGAUAAAGAAAAGGAUCCAGACUCUUGCUCAGUCCAACCCCACAGAUGUAUCCUAGUCAGUUCGAAUAUAUUUCUAUAGUGUGCUGCAAAAGAGAUUCUUUAAUUGUGUGGCUUGUGCUAUUUCAUCUCUAAAUGUAGAUAAUUCCAUCUCCACUUGUAGAUAACUGUUGAAACAUAGUGUUUUUCUGUCUUUAAGGCGUGUAAGUAACAAAUAAUUUAGUAACUUAAUUACCCAUGAUUGGCUUUUCUGGA